ACAAACACAUGACGUUUCUUCUCUCGUCGUUCAACAAACCUCGAUUUUACUUCUUUUCGUUUCAAGAUUGUUCCAUGCAAAUAAUUUUGUUUCCAAUUUCUAGAGACUAGUUCAGUUAUUCUAGAGGAAUUGUAUAAAUAUAGAAGAAUUACUACAGGCUAGUGAAAUAUAACCUGCAUGAAGUGUUAUCAGAAGCGGCUAGUGAGACUCGAAUUUGUUGUGUUAUCAAACAAUAAAUUUACUGUUUGUUGUUGGUUACGAUGACAAUAAUAAUUGGUCCCACUUAGAUUGGUGUAACUGUGUGCCUACGUUGACUAUUUAAAGUGACUGAGAUGGAUAGAGUCGGAGGAGAAUUCAACGAUAUGGGUCGCAGAGCCGGGGAGUUCGCGCGGCGCCUCAACCGGAUCACGGAUGGGCCCAUGACAAGGAAAAAAUUGGUUAUAUUAGUCCUAUUUUGCAUCUUCUUCAUUCUAUAUCUAGGCCCCGGCUUAUUGAACUGGUUUUUCGGCUCCGAAAGUGAUGCUAGCCAUCAAAAUGUAUGUCAAAGAAACUUCCUAAACCCUUUCAAAGAUGCUCUGAAUGACUACGACGCCUACUUGAGGCAGGAGACGACGGCCACAAUGUCGACGCUCAGCCACAACUAUGUGCCUUAUGUUGGAAAUGGAUACAUUGGCCUUGCCUUGGAGCAUGACUCACAUCUCAACAUCAAACAUGGGCGGACCUUAUCUCUGCCUGUGUACUACCAUCCACUUUACAUUAUUGAUGACUAUGAAAUGAAAGAAUUCACUGUAGCCGAGUACAAAAGAGGCAUAAUACACAGAUUCCAAUGCAGCAACACAGGCUUGCACAUUACAUACCAGUACUACACUCACAGGACUAUACCAUCCUUGUUUGUUCAAGAGAUUCUCGUCAACAACCCAACCAAUGCUGGUAAAACUUUGCGAUUGACUACCCCCAGAGUCUCGGACUGGCCAACUUCAGUGAAACAGACGGUGAAGUUGCACCAAGGGGUAGAUACGAAGGAAUAUGAAGUUGUAACAGGAAUGAUAACAAUACCGGACAGUGAUAAUGUGAUUGCUGUCGCGGUUGUAUCAAGGAAAAUGGGGAACAGUAUUCAAGUUGAUGGCCGUGAUGCUUUAGAUAUUUUGAUAUUCACAACAGUUCAAUACAGCAAUCCUAUAAAGAAAGCAGACUAUGCAAAACAAAAAGAUAUUGUGGAAAAGAAGGCAAUUGAUGAGAUGGAAAAGGUCAUAGCAUUAACAACAGAUACAGCUGCUGUCAGAAAACUAAAAGAAAAUCAUGCCAGGGUAUGGCAAAAUCUCUGGUACACAGGCUUUUAUAUUUCAGAUUCAAAAGCUGAAGGUAUCAUCAAUGGAGACAGGAUAAAUGCUACGAUAUAUGCGAUUCUGUCUCAAGUCCGAAGCUUAGAACACGAAGAACAUAUUAAAUCACAGACCAGAUCAGAUAUUCUCAGGACACUGACUUAUGCUGAAGGGUGUUACGGAGGGCACUCAACACUAGAUGCAUUAAAUCUCUGGAAACUUUUGAAUUCCUUAGCUAAUCUAAAUGCUGUUGCAAGUGUAUGGCUACUGACUUUAGAAAAGCAUGGCUGUUAUAAACUCAUGAAUGCAGGCGCUAGUGGUGUCAACCAAGCGAUGAUUUUAAGUUUUGGCAGUUUACGUUUCAGCAAUCAACAUCUAGAAUACAACAUACACCCAUCCAAACUGCACAGAGACUUCCUUUUCCGCCGCCUUAACUAUGGCAAUAUGACUCACGUGAAUAUCAGUGUUAUUGUGCAGGAAGAUAACAAAGCUGCUAUCUUUGUGGCUCUGGAUCGCUCAGAUAAAACGUACUACGCCUGUGAUGCUGGCUGCUUAGACUCGCCAGUGCAACUUGGGCCUUACAGAAAAUAUUUCCCUGUAAAAUUAACUGAACCCCUCACAGCUAUAUUGUAUGUCACAGCUGACAAACAGCACAUGGAAGAAUUGAGGCAUACCAUUCACGUGAGAGAAGUAGUUGAGGCCCCAGCGCAUGAACACCAUGUCAUAGCCAUGCACAAACAUGGCCACAGCUUAGGUGGUCUCAAUCCAUUAUUCUGGAUAUCCAUUUUAGUUCUAAUUGUCGUCUUCCAUUUGUUCCUAUGCAGAAUAAUCAUGAACGAAUUCUGCGACAGCGGAGUGAACUAUAGAAGGCUGUAUAAUAAGCCCUGAAGUGUUUCUGUCCAUUGCCUUAUAUUUGCUUAGUUCGAUGGUUGCACCAUCAAAGUCCCUGACGCUUGACUGAUUGCAUAGGUUCUUCUUGCUAGUGACGUAAGGUCGCUGUUAUGAUUGUCAAUAGUGUGCAGCAAUAAUGUUGAAAAUGUCGUACAAAAGAUUAAACUGUAUUGGAUUGCAUUUUUAAUUAAGAUUGUGUUAUGGAGAGAUUUGAUAAUGUUGUAAAUAAUUUGAUAAAUCACACAAAUGUCUGUUAACGAUUUUGCUAAUUCACUUGAUCUCUACUAGUAUAUUUAUCGCUCUUGGCUACAGCUAUACAUAGUUCAUAGCCAAUCAUGUGUUUAUUAUGUCCCUCAUUUAAAUGCGUAACAUGAAUUAUUUUUAAAAUAACUUGAACACAUCACUAUUAUUUAUAGCAUUGAUGAUGUUUUGUCCUUUGUUAAUAACUGUUCUUUAAUAGUUGAAUGAUGUUAAAGAUUUAUCAUGCAAACUGUGGGCAGUAGUAUUUAUUUUAUGAAAAUAAGCAGCAAAGUUUAAACGAAUAUUAGUACUGCUUUAUAUGAACUAUCAGCUUUUAAAGUAUGUUGCAGAAAAACUAUGUAAAAUAAAAAAUUCAGUAUUUGAUUGAGUCGAUGCAUAUAAUUUAUUUAAACAUACCUAGCUGUAUGACUUUGUAAUAUUUAAUAAUUUAGCUAAGGGAAGUUGUCCCUCACUAUGUUAGAAUGUACAUAAUAUGACUUGUAAUAGAUAUGUAUAUUGUUAUAAGAUUGUGGUAUAUAUUUUUGAAAGAUUAAACUCACGGUUAUGUUAAA